AGCGCCUUUGUCCAGACUGUCGGGUCCGCGCCACUUCACACGCACGACCCGCACCGCAAACGGCAAAGAGAGAGAGAGAGUAUCGAGUAUUCUGUAUAUCUACAGUACAUUGUUCUACCGUCCUGCUGCCCCAUGCGACUCGCUUCUGAAAUCCCUCUCCUCCCCAAGCAUCUCAUGUGUGCCGGCUCCCAGGCCAUGCCGAGCCGAUGCCGGUCCCCAUCCGGCCGUCACUGUUGAGGACAGGAAGGGCGUCACCAACCUGUCCGGCACCAUGCUGGAUGUCGGAGACUGCUCCGGGGAAGCUUGCCUUAACCCGCCGGGCUCUUUGCCGUACGGAGCAUCGCGGGCGGGCAGCGCCUUUAUGCUCGCUGCCUUUGGCGCCCUAAUCCCGCCCGUCAUAUACGCAGCGCUUCGGUACCGAACCGUACCCCUCUCUCUGCUUCUCCUGGCGGCACUCCUUGUCGAAGUCGUCGGCCAUGUCGGCAAGGUUCUGCUAGCCGCUAAUCCGGCUAGCGAUGCUUAUUUGACCGUCUACCUCAUGGGGACACACUGGGGCGCCAUCCUGAUCGGGUCCGCUACGAACCUCGUUCUUCCCCAUGUCAUGGUCAUCUACGGCCCCGAGUUCCAGCUGGUUUCGGAACCCCUUUAUCUGAACAUACUCUUCUUCAUCCUCGACAUCUCUGCUCUUUCCUUCCAGUCGGUGGGGAUCGGAUUCGCCUCCACCGCGAACACGGCUGCCGAGGUCUCCCAGGGGUUGAUCAUACUCCUAACCGGCCUCGCUGUUCAGGCAGUCAAUCUCCUGACCUUCUUGAGCGUGUAUCGUUACUUUCGGCACAGACUUGAGCACCGGCGUUACAUUCUCGAUGACAGAUACUCUCUCGUCUAUCUCUCCAGGCGCUUCAAGUACUUCAUGAUAUGCGUCCAGGCGAUCUCUUGCCUCCUCCUGUUUCGGACCGCCGUGCGGAUCGCUGUCUUCGCGGACGGCUUGGCCAGCUCGUUCGCUCGCUCGCAGAUCACCUCGUUCCUUCUCGACGACGCCCUCGUCCUCGUCGCCGCCAUGAUACACGCUGCGUACCCGGCCGGCCGGGCAUUCGGGGCCGCCUGGGCGGCAACCUCACCUCUGGCCUCCUCCUCCUCGUCCCGCCGGCAGGACGUGCUGCCCCUGCGGCUGCGACGACACCGCCGCCGCCGAGGCGCUCGCACCGACAAACGCAUCGUCUCGCUCCCGUACCCGUCCCCUUCUGCAACGUCCCGGUUCAGCCCCGGGGUCACCCAUAUAGGGGGGAUGACGCCGGGUCUUCCGGCACAUCCGUCGCCCCGGGUCGCCCCCGAGCCCUCGCCGCCGCUCACGUCGCCUCAGCAGAACCCGGUACACCGACGGGCCCCGUACGAGAUCUCGCCCACGUCGGACGUGCCCUUCUUUGUUUCCCAGGAGAGUCCGGGCCUCGAUUCGACCAUGUGGACCGCGUCGUCGCCGCCUCUGGAGUAUGGGACGAGGAGGAAGACGUAUGGGAGGAGGAGGGCUGGUUCAAGCCCAGAGCUGACCCAGAUGGUAGACCGCGAUGCUCUUUGGUGAUUUCUGUUUUUAAAGUCGGUUGUGAAUAUGCAUGGGCUUUCUUCCCGGGUGAAGAGAAGGGUAGGGCAGAUAGGCUCGGUUUUGUUUCUAGCAGUACAGGCGAACGG